AUUCUAAAGCUAUUCCGUUGAGCUAUAAUCUGCUCCGAGUGCUUCCUUGCAAACCCUAAACGAAGGAAGUAGUGAUUCCGGUGAUAAGUCCCCCGUCGGCGACAAUGACUUUCAAGCGCAGAAAUGGAGGGCGGAGCAAGCACGGCCGCGGCCAUGCCAACUUCGUCCGCUGCUCCAAUUGCGGCAAGUGCUGUCCUAAGGACAAGGCGAUUAAGAGGUUUUGGUGAGGAACAUUGUAGAGCAAGCUGCGGUGAGAGACAUUCAAGAGGCUUGUGUUUUUUACGGUACUGCUUCUUCCUUGUUUAUCUGUCUCCCUCUGUUACCCAAAGAUUGUUAUUUUCUCCCGCGCUGGCUUAUUCUGGGCACUUUAGUAAAGUUUUCUGAGCUUUUUCAAGUUUCAAUCGAUCCAGUAUCAUCCA